AUGGAGGCAGAACAACUCAAAGUAAUGUUUGAGCAACAACUGCAACUCAUCAAAGUACUUACGGAGCGACUAUCAACUACAUCUUUGGCUUCACCGGCUGUGUCGAGCGUCCCACAGUUGGUUGAUGGAAUCGCUGGCAGUAUCAACGAAUUUUGCUAUGAACCCUCAGCUGGCAUAACGUUUGAUGCUUGGUUUCGUCGCUAUGAAGACCUGUUCAGGGUCGACUUUUCACUUCAAGAUGAUAGUUGGAAGGUUCGCCUCCUGCUCCGCAAACUUGGACCCGCAGAGCAUGAUAAGCACGCUAACUAUAUUCUGCCAAAGAACCCGCGCGAUUUCACUUUUGAUGAAACGGUCAACACGCUUUCACAAAUAUUCGGUGAGCAAACGUCACUUUUCAACAUCCGUUAUCGAUGCAUGAAGCUAGUGAAGAGUGAUGCAGACGACUUUCUCACAUAUUCUGGCAUCGUGAACCGAGAAUGCGAACGGUUCAAACUCGGAUCGUUAACGGAAGAUCAGUUCAAGUCGCUGAUUUUCAUAUGUGGUCUACAAUCCCCGAAGGAUGCUGAAAUCCGUACUCGACUCCUCAGCCGCAUCGAGCAGGACCCAUCCAUGACGCUGCAGGCCGUCACCUCGGAGUGUCAACGGUUGCUUAACCUGAAGCAUGACACCGCGAUGGUCCAACUCGGGGGUCAUGGCGGUUCCGAGGUUCAUGCAAUACACCAGGAUACGCAACAGCCUGGCCCUGUCAAUUCUGGCCCAACCAAAUCGACCUCGCAGUGUUCUGGUCCGAAGCAAAACAAAGGCUCAAAGAAGACACCACCUUCACAAUGUUGGCACUGUGGAGCCUGGCACUUCGUCAGGUUCUGUCCCUACAAGCAGCAUCGGUGCCGCCAAUGUAAGUCCGUGGGACACAAAGAUGGGUAUUGUCAGUCACGGAUGCAUACAGCCUCUGCUGUUUCAAAGCAGUCAUCACGCGCCCGUCCCAAACCGAAAUCGAGUCCUGUUGGUUCCUCUCUCAGUUUGCUGGCUACUUUCCAGAUCAACACGCCAGGUAACCGGAAGUAUCUGACAGUCACCGUAAAUGACCAUCCAGUCCGUCUACAGUUCGACACUGCGUCGAACAUUACCAUCAUUUCGGAGAAGCUUUGGCUCACACUCGGGCAACCGCCGAUCAAACAAGCAGCUCGAACUGCUACCAGUGCCUGCGGUGGAGAGUUAAAACUUUCCGAAUGCGAGGAAGCAUUCUGCAAGCUAAAGACGAUGUUCAGUUCUGAUCUGCUACUUACCCACUAUGACCCAAAGCUGCCGAUCGUUGUGACAGCUGAUGCCUCUAAUUUUGGUGUCGGUGCCGUCAUUCUGCGCGUCAUUCCAGACGGAUCGGAGAGGGCCAUUAUGCACGCGUCGAAAUCACUAACUCCAGCAGAACAGCGAUACGGACAGAUAGAGAAAGAAGCGUUGACCUUAGUGUUUCCGGUUCGGCGUUUCCACAAAAUGUUGUACGGCCGCCGUUUCACCCUACUCGCCGAUCAUAAAACAUUGCACUCCAUUUUUGGCUCAAGGAUAGGUGUUCCCGCACACUCUACCAACUGCCUGCAAAGAUGGGCCCUCAUUAUUCUGGGUUACGACUUCGAUAUUCAAUAUCGGCACACCACCGACUUCGGUCAGGCCGAUGCAUUGUCUCGCCUGAUCAACAACCAGCCAACACCCGAAGAAGACACGGUUAUUACGCAUGUUGCAUUUGAGGACUCAGCCGACCCCCAGUUGGUCCAGCCCGUGACAGUAACAGAGGUUCAAAGAGCUACCAUGGCUGAUCCAAUGCUUCAAAAGGCGAUCCAAUUCAUGAAUUCUUGGUGGCCUUCGAACCUCACAGAUGAUUGUCUUCGGCAGCUCUUUCAUCGCCGAGAUGCAUCAGCGAUCGUAAACGGUUGUUUAAUGUUUGGAGAUCGCGUCGUUAUUCCUCAAUCUUUACGCCGGCGAGUUCUCCGUCAGUUCCAUUCUGGACAUCCAGGAAUCAACCGUCGUAUCCUGCGCAAACGCGGUAGUGUGAUGUACGACGUGUCAGUUGGUCAAGACACCUGGACCAGACAUCAAAACCAACUCCGCUUUAACAGCACGCCGGAAACUCAACGUUCCGUAGACACAGAUUUGGGCUAUGCCAGGGACAGGCUGGAUUCAUUACUACAAUCGCUGAAGGAUAACCCCGAAAAGACCAAACAGAGCGCCAAAUAUAAGGACGACGGUUUGGGACGCAAAGACUCUUCCGAUAAGGACAGGUACAGAACAUCCUACAUGGGCAUGAAACACGCUACUGACAUCAAACGCAAGAAGCGACGUAUAACCUCGGAUGAUGAUGACAAUCUCAAAGGUGUGCCCGCAUUUUCCUUCGUAACUUCUCAAGAGUCCUUUGUGAUAAAGGUGUUUGAAAGAAGUGUGGAUUUCGGUCAAUUUGGUGAGGGCGCUCCGUUGUAUCCGAUGGCUCGGGCGUGGAUAAGGAACCUCAAUCAAGGCGAUGCUUCUUCCUGGAACGACGUUCCUGGUCUUGAAGAUGAUCAGGAAGGUCCUCAACCAAAGCCUUUGGUUCAAAACGAUAACCGCAAGGCAGCGGUGUUUGGCGGAAAUGCGAGUGCAUUACCAUUUCUACGGAACAAGCCGCCACAUGUUCCAACCCCAAAGCUGGAGGAUCAGGAGACUGUGUUCGUCAGACCUCUAACCAUUGACCAACCGGGUAUGAGAGACUCUAAUGCAGAUCAUCUUGCCGAUUGUCAUUAUGCCCUUCCGAAGCCUGUUGACGGCUUGACAGACAAUGAUGUGAGAAUACCAACGCCAUUGCCUUCAGACGGCCAACCGUUUCUCAUUAACGUUGAGAAUCCACCCAAGGAAAUGUCACCAGAGGGUCUCCUUGAACAACACAUCACUAGAUGGCGCGAAAUUCGUCGGAAGUGGAAGGCUGCCUGCCGAGACAACGAAGAGCGAUACGUGGCUUCAUACGUGAUCCUGAAAGAAACAUACGACAAAUUCUGCAAGGAUAUUCCGUAAUUUUGUAACCUAUUGACGCUUGUGUGUUGUCUAUCAAAAUGUUUAUUUUGAAUCAACGUUUAUUCGGAUAGUUAUUUGAAAGAUGCCACAUUCCCCACUUUGGUUGAGUUUUACCAUUUAUUCAGACUGGCGUAUUAGUUUGGUUAAACUCUGAUAAAUAAAUAAAUAAAUAAAUCGUUCAGCUGUAGCGCCCUUUCGGUGCCUAACUGCCAUGCC